CUUUUGACUUUCCGGGGCAGUGACGGUGCCUGUUGGGAUUGGCGCGAAGCUGUUUCGUCCAGGCGGACAAAGAGCUGCCUCAGAUUUUUAGUUUUAUAUUUGUAAAUUUGGGGUUUGAUAUCAAGUGCAUUAUCAUGGCUGAUAAAGAAGCAGCGUUCGAUGAUGCUGUGGAGGAAAGGGUGAUAAACGAGGAGUACAAGAUCUGGAAGAAAAACACCCCUUUUCUGUACGACCUGGUGAUGACCCAUGCUCUGGAAUGGCCUAGUCUGACGGCGCAAUGGCUACCAGACGUUACCAGGCCUGAGGGGAAGGACUACAGUGUCCACCGGCUUGUGCUUGGUACACACACCUCGGACGAGCAGAACCACCUGGUCAUCGCCAGCGUGCAGCUGCCGAAUGAUGAUGCCCAGUUUGACGCCUCCCACUAUGACAGUGAGAAAGGAGAGUUUGGAGGCUUUGGGUCUGUGAGUGGGAAGAUUGAGAUUGAGAUCAAGAUAAACCAUGAGGGAGAGGUGAACCGUGCUCGCUAUAUGCCACAGAACCCCUGCAUCAUCGCCACCAAGACGCCCACCAGCGACGUGCUGGUCUUCGACUACACCAAGCACCCGUCAAAGCCAGACCCCUCCGGGGAGUGCACCCCUGACCUUCGUCUGCGGGGCCACCAGAAAGAGGGGUACGGCCUGUCCUGGAACCCGAAUCUGAGCGGCUGCCUGCUAAGUGCCUCUGAUGAUCACACGAUCUGCCUGUGGGACAUCAGCACUGUCCCGAAGGAGGGGAAGGUGGUGGACGCCAAGACCAUCUUCACGGGACAUACGGCCGUGGUGGAGGAUGUUUCCUGGCACCUGCUGCACGAGUCGCUCUUCGGCUCCGUGGCUGACGACCAGAAGCUGAUGAUCUGGGACACCCGGUCCAAUAACACGUCCAAGCCAAGCCACGCAGUCGAUGCCCACACCGCUGAGGUCAAUUGCCUCUCCUUCAACCCCUACAGCGAGUUCAUCCUGGCCACUGGCUCUGCUGACAAGACUGUGGCACUUUGGGAUCUCCGGAAUUUGAAGCUAAAACUGCACUCUUUCGAGUCCCACAAGGAUGAGAUCUUCCAAGUGCAGUGGUCCCCUCAUAACGAGACUAUCCUGGCCUCCAGUGGAACCGACAGGCGGCUGAACGUUUGGGACCUCAGUAAAAUCGGAGAAGAGCAGUCACCCGAGGAUGCGGAGGACGGCCCCCCAGAACUGCUGUUCAUCCAUGGUGGUCACACAGCAAAGAUCUCAGACUUCUCAUGGAAUCCCAAUGAACCCUGGGUCAUCUGUUCUGUCUCCGAGGACAACAUCAUGCAAGUUUGGCAGAUGGCAGAGAAUAUCUACAACGAUGAGGACCCAGAAGGGGCAGCAGAUGCUGAAGUCCAGGGUUAAGGAGCCCCCCCACCCACCCUAUGAGAGCGGGACUUGAGUGUUCCCUUUAUUUUUCCAAAUUUUGACUUCAGUGGCACCCAGUGCCAGCCAGUCCCUCUUGUGUGUCCCUCCGAUUGGAUGAAAGGCUGUUCUCCAUUGUAGAUCAAUCAUUUUAUUGGCUGGAAGCUUCCACUCUCAGAACCAAGAUGUUUCAACAAAAGGCAAGCUCAUUUUGCCUGUUUAUUUGUGGUCAGUUAUAAUUUCCCACCCUUGCUUCCAUCUGCUUUAAUGUUCAUUUCCUUGUCAUUUGAAAUCUUAGUUUAUUUGUGAAAUCUUAGUUUAUUUGUGCGUUAAUCCCAGUGUUUCUAAAUGCAGUGCAAAUUUCUUCUGGGCAUAUGAACGUGGGAUGAAAAGGAAUUUUUUAUUCUCUUUAGAUUCUGUGGAAAUGUCUAAAAUAAGGGUUAGCAUUUCCCAAGUCACAUAUGUGCGUUUCUAUCCGAAACACUUUGGCACAGUUAACAGUGACCUUACGUGCUGCCAGAAUUUCCCAGAUGAGUUUAAAACUUAAUUUGUAUCUGUCCCUUGUUUUUUUUUACUUGCUGACUGUUGGGCAGUUAGUGUUUUCUUUUUUUGGUUGCCCCCCCUCACGCCACAGUCUUAUUGUAAUAAUGCCUGUAUACAGUACUUCUCUGUCAUUCACAUUUUGUCAAAUUAAUUGUAUAAAAUAUGAUUCUGAGUAAAUGUGUUUUCUAUCUA